UCAGUCAUUCGGCGUCUAUUGCUUUGAGCAGAAUGAAAGUACUCGCUGUUACCCUGUUUGUCCUGCUGGCUGCCAGCGCCCAGGCUGGUAAACUGACCGAUACGUUGGCCAAAGUUAUUCCCAGCUUUGCCACCGGAUUUGUGAUCAACGGCACCGAAGCCGAUCCACAUGCGGCACCCUACAUUGUCUCACUGGGCACCAAAUUCGAAAAGCACUCGCACAUCUGCGGAGGCACCAUCAUCAACAAGGAAUGGAUCGUCACUGCCGCUCACUGCAUCUCCCAGCCGGUUGGCAUGAGCGCCAUUGCCGGUCUUCACAAGCGCGCCGAGGUAGAUGAGCGCACCCAGCACCGCCAGAUUGACUUUGGCCGCGUCCACGAGCAGUACACCGGUGGCGUUGGUCCCUUUGAUAUUGCCGUGUUGCACGUGAGCGAACCCUUCGAGUUCAACGAAUUUGUCAGCCCAGCUACCCUGCCCAGCCGUGAGGAGAUCCACGAGGGUGAGACCCAUCUGUACGGUUGGGGCCAGCCCAAAUCCUACAUUUUGACUGCCGCCAAGACUCUGCAGACUGUUACCACCGAGGUUGUCAACUACGAAAAGUGCAAGGAGGUUCUACCCGAUGAUGCCCCUCUCGCUGAGAGCAAUGUCUGCUCCGACUCCCUGCAGCAGAGCAUCUCCGCUUGCAACGGCGACUCCGGCGGCCCACUGGUCGUUGAGCACGAGGAUGCUGCCUCUGAGCUAAUUGGCGUUGUCUCCUGGGGCUACAUUCCCUGCGGCUUGGCCAACUACCCCUCGGUCUACACCCGCGUCUCUGCCUACAUCGACUGGAUUGCCAAGAUCCAGAGUGCCUACUACAUUCUGAACUGUUGUAUCUUAUCAUUUCAAUUCAUAAUUUCAAGGCAUUCAACCGGAAUGAAAGUACUCGCUGUUACCCUGUUCGCCUUGCUGGCUGCCAGCGCUCAUGCUGGCAAGCUGACCGAUACCUUGGCCAAGGUUAUUCCCAGCUUUGCCACUGGAUUCGUAAUCAACGGCACCGAAGCCGAUCCACAUGCGGCACCCUACAUUGUCUCACUGGCCUCCAACUUCAAUAGUCACUCGCACAGCUGCGGAGGCACCAUCAUCAACAAGGAAUGGAUUGUCACCGCCGCUCACUGCAUCUCCCAGCCGGUUGGCAUGGGCGCCAUUGCCGGUCUGCACCAGCGCGCCGAGGUAGAUGAGCGCACCCAGCGCCGCCGGAUUGACUUUGGCCGCGUCCACGAGCAGUACACCGGUGGCGUUGGUCCCUUUGACAUUGCUUUGUUGCACGUCAGCGAACCUUUCGAGUUCAACGAGUGGGUCAGCCCAGCUACCCUGCCGGGUGUUGAGGAGAUCCACGAGGGUGAGACCCAUCUGUACGGUUGGGGCCAGCCUAAGUCCUACGUGUUUACGCCCGCCAAGACCCUGCAGACCAUUACCACUGAGAUUGUCAACUACGAUAAGUGCAAGGAGGCUCUGCCCGCCGAUGCUCCUCUCGCUGAAAGCAAUGUUUGCUCCGACUCCCUGCAGCAGAGCAAAUCCGCUUGCAACGGCGACUCCGGCGGCCCACUGGUCGUUGAGCACGAGGAUGCUCCCUCUGAGCUAAUUGGUGUUGUCUCCUGGGGCUACAUUCCCUGCGGGUUGGCCAACUACCCCUCAGUUUACACUCGCGUCUCCUCCUAUAUUGAAUGGAUUGCCAAGAUCCAGAGUGCCUACUACAUUCUGUUCACGGUGAAAUCAGCAGCUGUUAACAUGAGACAAUUUGUGGUGCUACUUGCACUGGCCGUGGCCUCGGCUAGUGCCAAUAUCAUUGCCUGGCCGGGAUUCCCGGAGGGUCGCAUCAUCAACGGCCAUGAGGCCAACUCUGGCGAGGCGCCCUUCAUUGUGUCGCUGCAGUCGACCAGCAACUCGCAUUACUGUGCCGGUUCCCUGAUCAGCGAUCGCGUUGUGCUGACCGCCGCCCACUGCAUGACCUAUGCUACAUUCCAGGUGGUCGCUGGCGCCCACAGUCGCACGGACAAGUCAGCGACUCAGGUGCGCAAGGGCAGCAGCGCUCGCCAGACGAUACACGAAAAAUACGGCGGCGGCGUUGGCCCCUACGAUUUGGGUCUGAUCUUCCUGGAGGAGCCCUUCGAUCUGACUGUGCUGGCACGCGAUGGCAGCGCACCCGUCUCGACCAUCUCGGUGGCCACCAACCAGUUCACGGCCAACACCGAUGGCGUGCUAUUCGGCUGGGGACGCGACAACUCUGGCUCAUUGCCCGACAAGCUGCAGAAACUGGACGUUGAUAUUAUCGGCUAUGCCGAUUGCCUGGAUGCGCUGCCACGCGGCAACAGCCUGGCCGACAGCAACAUUUGCAGCUACACCGCCGGCACCACCGACGGCGCCUGCAACGGCGACAGCGGCGGUCCUUUGGUUAACAAGAAGGUCGACGGCAGCUACCAGCUGGUGGGCAUUGUCUCCUGGGGCUACACGCCCUGCGCCAGCACCAAAUACCCCUCUGUCUACACCUACACGGGCGCCUACUCUGACUGGAUCAAUGAGCACAGCAAUGACCACUAAGGCUAGCAAAUGAAUGAAUAAAUGAAUUGAACUUUUGCACUACUCA